CCUCAUUCCAACCGUGCCUGCGUUUGACUGAGCGGACGACACGUUUCCUCCAUUGCCUCCGCCUCCUGGAGGACAGCUGAUAUGCUUCCUCUGACCACGACGACGCAAAAGAAGACGUCUAUUUCCGUCUGAUUGGAGCAGCCAGACGCGGGUCCGCGCCGAGAGAACCAGGCCUCUGCCCGUCGCUUCUCAACCUCAACUACUUUGUGCUGAUCGCUGACCUUCCCUGUCCCUCAUGUUGACGUCCAUGUCCUUGUCAAACACUCGGACUUCCUUUCUUCGCUGCUGGACGUCUGUACCGUUUCUUGUCCUCCCUAACUUAACCACGAUGAAAACGUUGCCCUCAUAGCCACACCUAGGAGCCGGGAAGGGCUCAUCGUACCCUCGACCAUGUCGUACUUUCUUCCUUCUUACUUUCAGAAGCGGCUGCUUCGGUACGCCCUCCUCCGUCUCGAUUUUAUCGACUCAGAUGAAUUCGACCUUGACAACUUGGGGCUGAAAUGGGGUCAGCGGACCGUGGUCGAACUCAAGAACGUCGGAAUCAAAGUCAAGAGAAUCAUCGACGUCCUCCAACUUCCCGCCGCCUUCGCCCUGAACCAUGCCUCCGCUAAGCUUUUGCGCCUUACCCUCCCCGCGGAUCUUCACAUCAGCGGCAUCGAGAUCGAAGUGGAAGGGGUGGAGAUAAUCGUGGCGAUUCGACCAGACAACACCACAGCAGUGACGGCGGCGGGAAAAUCUCGCUCAAAAGCAGGAUUCGCUCCCAGCAGAACAGACCGUGCAAACCUACCUAGGUCGGCGUCUCCGCCUAUUCACGACCCUGGUGGCAGACAUGGGGAUGCAGGAGGACCACUGGAGUUGUCUCAAGUCAUUCCCACAUCAGAAGAUCUGGCCGCGUCGUUCCUGGAAGCCGAGUCGCCUGGAGAAAGAGACGAAUUACAAGCUGCACUCGAAUCACAAUCUCAGAUGCACAUGCAAGAGUCGGUAAUGUCCUCGGCUUCGAGCGAGGAUGUAGGGCUCGGCAUGCCUGGAGGGCUUUCCUUACCUACCUUUGUCGCAAACUUUCUCAAAGGUGUGGCAGACCGGUUGUCCGUCAACAUCAAGGACGUUAAUGUCGUCUUGGAAACGGAUCUUUCGACGGGGGGCGCUGGCCCAGUAGAGAAUACAAAGUUUAUGCUUUCAGUUGGGAACAUCGCCGUGGACCCCAUAGACAAGCCGGAAAGCCCAGAGACUGAGCCAGACACGAGACGGUCAAUAUCCAUCGACGAAGUCCAGCUGUUUGUCCUGUCCGAGUCCGAGACUUUCUCAGAGUUUUCUGGCUUCAGCUCGCCGAAACUGGCCAAAUCACGUCCUCCGCUGUCACACCCCGCUAGUGCACGCAGUGACAACAGUGAUCUCGUGCGGUCAAGCACCACCAGCCUCAGCCAGCACUCCGAUCAUCCAAAGAGCUCUCUAGCAUCAUUGAGCAACUCUGGGCUUGGUAUUGGGCUCGAAGAUGCGGCACUCUCAGAGUCUACCAUCUUCGGACGGCGUUCGAGGUCCAUCCCAGUCCAACCCGAGUCGACUGGUGGAUCUGAAUCCGUCGACAACAGAGCUCAUGCUGAAGAAAUGCGACGGUCCGUUCGCCGAGACAGCGACGAAGCGUUUGGGAUAUUGGACAAUCAGUCGGAGGACUUGGCAGAAUCUAGGACGUUCACCCAUGAUGAGGCCGAGAGUAUGUAUAUGAGCGCGAUGAGUGGGCCACUCAAUAUGCCGGGCGGGUUUGCUUGGUCACGACCUAUGCCAGAUCCUGGACCAGAACAGCACAAACACCCUGGAGAAACCGAAGAUGUGUCAGCACCUCUGAUCGACCAAACAGAACCCUUGGGUGAUAUAUCUGGAGCUUCGAUCAGUGGACCAUCACAGUCUGUCAACGAACCUGAGGGAUCAAGUGGAGAAAGCGUCCUGGAUAAUAACCUGGCCUCGUGCUUUCGGUCUCGAAUUCUACGUGUGAAUGCUCUGAACCUCAAGAUCCCCCAACCGCAUCAUGAAGAAGCCUUAUCAGAAGCUGAGCAAUCAAUCCCUCAACAGCGUUUAAGCCAUGCUUCCCAGAUCCGCCAGAUGCAUAUGGGUGGGAGAAGUUCCCCAAGCACGUUCCUCAACGAAUCUCGACUUCAAUCUCUACGUAAUAUGGGUCAAAGCCGGACUGUGGAGCAACCAAAAGAAAAACUGAUCGUCGACAUUGGAGAGAUUUCAGUGGACCUCGAUAUUGUGCUCUGUAGGGUGCUUGUGAGAGCCUCACAGACCAUCACUGACGCAGUCGCAACGAAAGCCCCUCAGAAGUCGAAAGCGCCCACACCAGCCCCUCGAGAGACUGCCAUCCCCGAUGUCAGCAUCAAGAGCGUAAACCUCAACUUCUGCGAAUCCGUCCCAAGAAAGCCACCGAGCAAAGUAGGAGUCCAGACGAUUGAAUCGAUCCUCUCCAGCCAGCAAGCUCUGCUAAAGGUGUCAAUUACUUCAAUAAGCUACUCGGUCAAUUCCGCGCCAGAGAAGAGCCAGCGACUGUCAAUCUCUAAGAUUGUCGUGAACCAUGGUGCUAGGGAGGUCAUGACGUUCGUUGACUCUAUCAACGUCCGAGACUCGAUCGCAACCAGCUCUAUGCUGAGGCCUCAUGAUGUUGUGGUUAACGUGUCGGGAAAUCGGUACGAAGUCCAGAUUAAGCCCAUCUAUAUUGUCCUGGAUUUGUUGGUCAUCGACGAUGUGCUCAGCAGAAGCGGUGGCUUGAGCUCUUUGCUAGAUUUGGGAAACUCCAUUAUGUCGACACACACCGUCAAGGGUCAGACUUCCGCACCGGCUCCAGAAGUUUCGAAACUACGCACCGUGAGGUUUAACGAUCCUCAAAGAAGACCAAGGGCAGACAGUGAUCCCUCAUCGGCUUUGCCAAAGGUCGAUAUUCGAGUCUCAGGAGCAGUUCUCGAUUUGAUCGGGUCCGAGUCUUCCAUGCAGGUCAAGUCUUCAGCUAUCAAAACAGCCUAUCGGGACAACAAUGUGAAGGUGGUGAUUGACGGCGCCGCGGUCGAGGGUCCAUUGCUUUCCGGUUCCCGGGCUCGCGGAGACAUCUACGCCAAAAUUCGAAACAUCGAGGUGCACUACUCGAACUCCCCAGAUGAUGACGACCUGGACAGACUUCUGUCUCUUAUCACACCUUCCAGCGACAAAUAUGAGGAAGACGACGAUAUUAUGGUUGAUACCUUGUUGAGACAGCGUCGCAAAGGCGGCGUCUUGCGUCUGACCGUUGGAGAUCUUCAAGCCGGUGCUGCAGGUCUGCGGUGGGUGCCCCAUCUCACAAAACUCACCGACGAGAUCUCGAAACUUUCGUCAGUCGCAAAAUACCUGCCUGAAGAUGAUCGACCCGGUAUCCUCACUUUCGGGCUUGUAAAAAAGCUGGAUUUCCGCUUCGACGUCGAUGAGAAGUUUGGGCCCGUGAAACUCCAGGUCGACCUCAUGGAGGGAGCUCACAUCAAUGUGCCUGCACUCGCUGCUGCCCAAAUUGCAGCCUGGUCAGUGUCGAGAAGCGAGGAAGAUGUAUUGAUUGGCGAUGUAUUGUCUCAAACCAAAACAGUCAUGGGCCCGCCUAUGUUCAUGUGUCGAUUCAUUGCAGACGAAAUGGAACCCACGGUUCGAAUGAAGCUCUCAAAUACUUGCAUCGAGUACAAGGUGCCAACAGUUGUUGACCUCACCUCGCUUUUUGAACGUCUCAAAGUCGACCAUGCAGCCGCCGACGGGCAGAGUUCUUCUUCACAGCCCUCGAGCCCGUCAUUAUCGAACGCCGGAGAUGCAGGCAGUCUAGUGCGGAAAAUCAGAUUCUCUGUAACCUUCCGAGACUCGGCCAUCGCUCUGAACCCUGACAAGGGCCCAGCCAAGGGUCUUUUUGUGCUAACGGACGCGGUGAUCCGUCACGAGAAUCAAAAGAAGGGGUCGACGGACAACUUAGACAUCAAGAAAGCUUCCCUCCUCAUCAUCAACGAUGCUUCGACUGUUGGGCUGGAAUCGGGAAAUGUGGACCACAAGCUGUACUUCGAAGAAAAUGACCAAGUCCAACAACUCACAAAGGCCGGAUUCGUCCCUGUAGGGUCGAUAUCUUCUGCAUCAGCCAUCAUCAAAGUGAUUGAAGACAAAGUCACGUCAGAAACACGAUUGGACGUAGAGUUCCGCAACAAUCUUCUCUUCAUUGAGACUUGCGCCGAUUCUACCCAGACCAUGAUACAGAUUUUGAGCGGUCUUGCGCCGCCGUCACCGCCUUCGAAGGUCGCUCAAUACCGGACCGAAGUCGUCCCAAUCCAGGAUAUGUUGGCAUCAUUCACUGGUAACGCUUUCGUCUCAGAGCCUGGACCGUUGCUCGGCCUUCAAGCAUCGGCCAGUACUUCCACUGUUGAGACCUUGAAGGGCAAAAGUGGAUACGACGAGGAGGAGGAAGACGAAAACGAGUUCAUGACUGGCAUGUAUGGGGACGCCGAUGAUGCUGACGACGAGCUGACAGCAAGCCAUGUGGAAUCAGAUCUGGGUCGAUCUGUCAUGUCCGAAAGUGUGCACAUAGCCCCUGUUGAUGCCACUGGCUCCGACGUCGGCGACGCGGGCGAGAGCGUGAUGAUGCAUAGCCUGCUAGACUUCAGAGCCGACCAUUUCAUUCCGAAGUCAUCGGUUGGUGGCACAGCACAUCGCUGGAAUUCCGUCCACAACACCUAUGGUUUAGCAAGCGAUGCGAUAUUCGAGCGAUCUCCAUUGAAGGUUCGCGUGAGGGAUGUCCACGUCAUUUGGAAUCUGUUUGAUGGGUACGACUGGCAAGCCACGAGGGAUACCAUCUCGCAUGCGGUGAAGGAGAUUGAGAACAAAGCCAUGGCAAGACGCCCGCGGAGCAGCAGCCGAACACCUGGCGCGGAAGACGAGGACGAGUCUGUGAUUGGGGACUUUUUGUUCAAUUCGAUCUACAUUGGCAUUCCGGCGAACAAGGAUCCCCGAGAUUUGGCGAAUGCUAUCAAUCAUGAUAUCGAUGACUUGGUGAGUGAGACGGGUAGCUACGCCACUGGGACGACGGUCACUGCAACUACGUCACGACGCACAUCAGGCACGGUUCCCAGGCAAAAGAAGCUCAAGCUCAAUCGCAGCAAGCAUCACAAGAUGACAUUUGAACUGGAAGGCGUUUCGGCCGAUUUCCUUGCAUUCCCUUCUGGCAGCGGCGAGGUUCAAAGCUCAAUCGAUGUCCGCAUCAAAAAGAUCGAGGUCUUUGAUCACGUACCUACGUCGACUUGGAAGAAGUUCGCAACUUAUAUGCAAGAUGCCGGUGAACGCGAGCACGGGGCCAGCAUGGUUCAUAUCGAAGUUCUCAACGUGAAACCAGUCGCAGAACUAUCGGCCUCGGAAAUAGUACUCAAAGUCAGCGUUCUUCCACUGAGACUACAUGUUGACCAGGAUGCGUUGGAUUUCUUAACUCGGUUCUUCGAGUUCCGAGAUGACAGUGCCCCGGCAUCGAGUGAGACCUCCAGUCCACCAUUUUUGCAGCGUGUGGAAGUGAACGCUGUGGCACUCAAACUGGACUACAAGCCCAAGAAAGUGGAUUAUGCUGGACUGCGAUCCGGACGAACGACCGAGUUUAUGAAUUUCUUCGUCCUUGACCGUGCGGAUAUGGUCCUUCGUCGAGUUAUCCUGUACGGGGUGUCUGGAUUUGACCGACUGGGCAUCAUGUUGAACAAUAUCUGGACGCCGGACGUCAGGCGGAAUCAACUUCCUGGAGUUCUAGCUGGUUUGGCACCUGUCCGACCUCUGGUUGAUGUUACGAGCGGAGUGCGAGACCUCAUCGCCGUUCCUAUUCGCGAAUAUCGCAAGGACGGGAGACUUGUCCGAAGCAUCCAGAAAGGAGCAUUGGCAUUUGCAAAGACGACAGCGACUGAAUUGGUCAACCUCGGGGCCAAAAUGGCGAUUGGCACGCAGCAGAUCCUUCAAAAUACGGAAGAUCUGUUUGUGGCCCGUGAACUACAAGGCGAAACGGACGAGGACGAUGAGACUCGGAAACAAAUAUCUCUGUAUGCUGAUCAGCCCAUUGGCAUCAAGCAAGGGUUGAGAACGGCAUAUGCUAGCCUGGAACGAGAUCUACUGAUUGCCCGAGACGCAAUCGUGGCAGUCCCUGGAGAAGUCAUGGCCAGUUCUUCAGCCAAGGGUGCGGCCAAGGCAAUCCUAAAACAGAGCCCGACCAUUAUCCUGCGGCCGGCGAUUGGAGCCACCAAAGCGGUUGGGCAGACACUGAUGGGUGCUGGCAAUAUGCUGGACAAACAGAAUUUGAGGAGGAUCGAUGAGAAAUACAAGCGGCAUUGAUUCCCCUGGCGCCCGGCCCUCCUCGAGAUUUGUUUGCAGACUACUCGGUUCCGCGGAGCCAUACAUACGAAGCGGGGCGUUGGGUGACAAAUGUACUUGCUAUGUUGCGCGAAUUCCAGCAUACAAGAUGGCGUUGGAUGUUUGCAUGGGCGGAGCGUGAAAAGAGGCUUUGCUUUCUGCGCCGAGUUGUUUUCCUUGCAUGCUGGUCCGCGAACGACCAACCGGUGAAUGAAACGGCGCCACGAACGAAACGAGCGACACAUACCCAGCUGGGCAAUGAUAUGAACAUAAAUUGGAACGAUGAACAGAAUGUGCAUGACACGAUGGUACAGAACCUUGCAUGGCGUUGGGUGGCUUGGAUGUCAAUGGUGGAUUGGAUGGUAUUCAGAUAGGCCAGGCGAAAGGAUGACCCCCGAGUACCUAGCCAACAGAGCUGUAAUCUGCGCUUCAAGGCUUUUCUUUGUCCACAUGCUUGAACCGUCAGGGGGCUGCUGUAGACAUGUGCACUUGGUUCAAAGGCAAUAAUGGCAUGAGCAGCACGGGAAUAUCUGACCACCCCAGCAAUAUCCCCCUGAUGACGUUCGUCUUGCCAGGCCUCGCAUGCGGAUCGAACGAUGGGAAUCAUGUCGAGUCUGCCUUGAAGCCGAAACGGGAAGCCAAGAUGAAGCUCGCAAUCAGAAU